GACGCGACUUACCUCAAAGCACCUGCAAGCCAACAACAACAACUCUGUCCCUCAGCAGCCCUCCAUACAGCUUCCUAUGUUGAGCUCGCUCGGACUCCCUCCGAAUCCACAGCAGGGCCAGCAACAGGGAGGACAGCAAAUCCAGCAGCAGCCACAGCAGCAGCAGGGUCCCCAGAAUAAUGGGAUCCCGCCCCCGCCCCCUCAGAACGGCCAAGACUUUACGCUCUCCAGCGUAUUGCACUUUCUCCAGACCGAAUGGAGGAGAUACGAACGCGACCGUAAUGAGUGGGAGAUCGAGCGGGCGGAGAUGAGGGCUCGUAUAGCCCUGCUGGAGGGCGAGCGUCGCUCGUUCGACAAUGUCAAGGUCGAUCUUAUGCGGCGUAUCAAGAUGCUGGAGUAUGCUUUGCGGAUGGAGCGUUCGAAGCAACUUUCACAAGCUGGCACUGUCCCACCAGCCAAACUCGCGUCACUUCAAGCUCAAAAUGCCCAGAAAGACGAGACAGGGAGCCACAAAGAGGGGAGUAGUGGCAGCUCGCCGCGUAGCGAAGACAUCCCAUUGCCGCCAGAGAACCGUUCUGUUGGGUCCGCGCCCAACGGCGCAGCUGGCGCGGGUCCAUCUGGAAGGCCUCUUACGUGGGCUGGCAACUUCCCCUUGACGAACGGUCCGGGUUCUGGCACGCUGGCCUUAGGGAAGCCUCCUCCAGGGCGCGAUCCGAAGAGUCGCGCGAGGAGUCGGGACUACCUGAAACAAUGUCUACAGGAAGUAUCUUACUUGACCUCGCCACAGGCCAUGAACCCCCUCCCCAAUCGCCCGAUCAUGAAUAGCGGCUCGGUACCGCUUUCUCUUCCCAACGUGCCCCCGUUCGAGCAGAUGGCGUACAACGGCCGGCCUCGUAAAGUCAUGCCUGAGGUCGGAAAGGAGUACCCAGUCAUGAACGGCAUGAGCAUGAUGUCUGGUCCAUCAUCCGCCCCUGCUGCCCAAGGAGGCCAGAUGCAGCCGCUUGAGCGGAACAAUCCCCUGGGUAAUGCAAUGAUGCCUCCAGCUCAGCAGCAACAGCAGCAACAGCCCCCUACCGGCCCUGGUGGGCCAAUGUCCCAGCAGCAGCCACAGUCUCAGCCUCCCCAAAGCCAAGAGAACAGGGAUGGAGACGAGCCCCGUCCGCUUACUGCGAUCUUUCGGCCCGACGACGACUGGAAGGAGAAGCUGAGGCUUUCUCAUGAAGCGGCCCAGCAGGCACAGUUGGAAAGGUCGGGUCCAUCGGGGAUGUCACCUAUGGGCAUUGUGUCGUGGCAGAGGGACACGCGCGAGGAAGAGGAGGAGGCUAAGGAGGAGGAGGAAGAGGCGGAGGAGGAGUCGAGCGUGCUUGGUGAGGGUGAGGGCACUAAGGUGUGGAAGACGAGGAGAACCUUGAGGAACCAUCUCGAUGCCGUCCGGGCAGUCGCGUUCCAUCCCAGCGAACUGUGCCUUGCCACGGGAGGCGACGAUUGCACGAUAAAACUGUGGCGAAUGGAUGUUAGCGGUCUCACGUCAUCUGGCGCUCGGGCUAUAACUGAAGUCGAGCCACAAUUGACGCUGCGGGGGCAUUCUGCGGCCAUUACUCGGUUAAUCAUAUCGCCGUCGAAGCAGCUCAUUUAUUCGGCGUCGCUGGACUCCUCGAUCCGUGUAUGGGUCCUCCCUCCACCAUCACAUACAACAUACGCUCCUUUCGACAAGUCGAGGAUCCGGUCAGAGCUGAUCGGACAUACCGAUGCGGUGUGGGACCUCGCGCUGGUGAGAGACGAGAGCACGCUCAUCAGCUGUGGCGCCGAAGGGGCAGUCAAAGUUUGGGAUGUCAGCGGCCCCGCCGGAGGCUCUCUGAAGCUGUCGUGGACGUACGCGGGACUGGAGAGCGAGAGUGAUGAAAUUCCGAGAGAUGACGAUCUCCCAGGGGCGACUGCGGUCGAGGCGAUCAGGGUGGAUCUAAAAAAGGUUGCAGUUGCAUACCAGAACGCAGCCAUCAAAAUCUUCGACAUCGAAACUGGGAAGGAAGUCAGUCAAUUGCAGAGCGAGGCGGCGCAAGAUGGCUCCCCGGCGAAGCAGGUGAAUAGCAUGGUGUCGCAUCCGACGAUGCCAAUGCUCGUCACGGCUCACGAGGACAAGCAUAUUCGGAUCUUUGACAUCACCACCGGGCAAUGCACACACUCGAUGCUCGCGCAUCUGGACGCGGUGACUUCGCUGUCUAUUGACUCGUCCGGGUUUUCGCUGGUAUCUGGAAGCCACGACUGCUCGGUCCGGUUCUGGGACCUGCUGGGCUCUAGGUCGUGCGUGCAGGAGAUUACGGUGCACCGGGAGAAGGCCCACGAGGGCGUGCUGGAUGUGCAAUUCCACCCCACGCUGCCGUUCAUGGCAAGCGCGGGAGCAGACGGGGUGGUGAAACUGUACGCGUCGUCAUGAUGGCGGCGGGGGAAUCGUUCAUUUCGCUCUAUAUUUCCGGGACUGCCCUUAAUGAUAUGCUGUCGAUGUUUUGUCUGUAGAUGCACUAUACCAAGCUUUGCAUGAGCGGAAAGUGUUAUGGGCACGUGAGGGGAUGGCCUAAAGUGGCAGAGAUGAAACUGGGGCGCGCUGUGGCGGGCAAUGUUAUGUUGCAGCG